UCGCGGGAAAAACAACAUGGCGAACGAGAUGGCCUCCGCGCCGGACGCGGUGCAAUGUCCCGUGUGUUUAAAAGACUUCACGCCUGCCACAAUUAACGGACACCUGGACGCGUGUCUGCUGAAAAGCGUCACCGACAGUGGUCCGUCGACAACCGACGAAAGCGAACGUCCAUUUAAGAAAUCUCGCAUUAGCGCGGAGGCCGAACCACCAACCGCCGACUCUUCCUCCUCCUCCGCGGCUGGUGCGCCGUCAUCUUCGGUGUUUUCUCUGUUUCAGACCAACAAAAGUAAAGUUUCAGGUCCAGGUGAACGGAACGGUUUAUUUUCCAGUAGGCAACCAGUCGCCAUUGCUGUCAACAAGGGGGUUAAACGUAAUUUACCGGGCGAGGGAGAACCAGAACCAGAACCAAGCGCGGAAAGCACGCAGGACCUCAAGAGCCAAGUCAAGUCCGGAUUUAACGGGCAGACCCUGAAGGCAUCACGUGAUUUAUCGCCAGGGACGCUGAUGACGUCGUGCAAGCCUCUGGCGGAGAUGCUGAGACCAAACACGCUGGAGGAAUACUUUGGUCAAAAUAAAGUUGUGGGUCAGCAAACGAUCCUCCGGUCUCUGCUGGACUCCCAAGAAAUACCGUCUCUGAUCCUCUGGGGCCCCCCGGGGUGCGGAAAGACCACGCUGGCUCACAUCAUCGCCAGCACCAGUAAAAAGAAAGGGACGGCUCGGUUCGUCUCUCUGUCGGCCACCAGCGCGUCCACCAGUGACGUCCGAGAGGUGAUCAAGCAGGCGCAGAACGAGCUGCGGCUUUGCAAGAGGAAGACCAUCAUGUUCAUCGAUGAAAUUCACCGCUUCAACAAAUCCCAACAGGACACCUUCCUUCCUCACGUGGAAUGCGGGACGGUGACUCUGAUCGGGGCAACCACAGAAAAUCCGUCCUUCCAGGUGACCGCUGCCCUGCUGAGCAGGUGCAGGGUGCUGGUUCUGGAGAAGCUCUCUGUGGAGGCGAUGGGCUCGAUCCUGGACAGGGCCGUGGCCAGACUGGGGAUCGGGGUCCUGGAACAAGAUCCAGCAAAUCCUGAGCGGCAAGACCAAUCGGAUGGACACGGGCCAAAGAUGUUAAUAGAACAAAAGGCUCUGGACACCAUCGCUUACUUCUGUGAUGGCGAUGCGAGAGCAGGACUCAAUAGUCUGCAGCUGGCUAUUCAGGUCCAGUCGAACUCGGCCCGGCCCGGCCAAUCAGGGCGCGCCGGUUCUCAGGAAAUACUGGUGAAGGAGGAGCACGUGAAGGAAGGUCUUCAGAGGUCCCAUAUUCUCUACGAUAAAGCUGGCGAGGAGCACUACAACUGCAUCUCGGCGUUGCACAAGUCCAUGAGGGGCUCCGAUGAGAACGCGUCUCUCUACUGGCUGGGCCGCAUGCUGGAGGGCGGCGAGGAACCCCUCUACGUGGCUCGCAGGCUGGUCCGCUUCGCCAGCGAGGACGUGGGAAUGGCGGACCCCGCCGCUCUUCCUCAGGCCGUGUCGGCCUACCAAGCCUGCCACUUCAUCGGGAUGCCCGAGUGCGAGGUGAUUCUGGCUCAGUGUGCCGUCUAUCUGGCACGAGCGCCGAAGUCCGUGGGCAUCUACAAGGCCUACGCCAACGUGAAAGCCUGUUUGAGGAACCACAGGGGCCCCCUGCCUCCCGUCCCGCUGCACCUUCGCAACGCCUCCACCGGGCUGAUGAAACAGCUGGGCUACGCCAAAGGCUACAAAUACAACCCGGCCUUCAGCGGCGCCGUCGAGCAGCAGUACUUACCUGAGGAGCUGCAGGGAACCGACUUCUUCACCUGGACGCCGACGUGAGGCGAAGAAAAACAAAGCUGCCCACUGAAAACACAUCUUUUUUUUCCUUUCUCAACUAAUCCAUAUUCAAAUGUAUGGGUUAGGAUUUUGAGAGCUUUUUAUUUGCAAAGGUAAAAAGAAGAAUUUGCCAUCAGUCAACCGGCAUGUUGUACUUAAAUUUUCUCUUAAAAUUGGACUUUUGUUGUUGUUGUUGUUGUUUUUGAAUACAUUUAUAUAAAAGGAUAUAGUUCACAUUUACAGUUUACUUCUAAAUUGUGUUUAUAAUAAAUACCAUAAUCUGUUAAAUAUACGCAGUCUUUGUAUUUCCAUAACGCAUAAUCAAAUAUUUACUAUGUUAACUACGUAUAUAUGUUGGUUUAUCUUUAUCCUGUCCUUGCAAUGUUGUCAAACACUGAUUUAAAAUAUAUAUAUAUUUUCUUAACGUAAUGAAUGCUAUAUUUAUUUGAAUAAUCUGUAAAUACUUGUGAUGAAAUACAAGACAAAUACAA